AUGCCCUAUGCGAAGUCUACUGUGUCCAGCCGACGGCGCGCACGCACACCCCUCGGGGACACGGAGGACGAGCACCGUUACGGCGUCACAAUGUCCCCGUCCAACGACGCGUCGGCACCCGGAGCAAAGUCAGACCCUCUGCAGCGCCCCCACAUGCGCAGCCGCGUCGACAGCGGUUUUCACCACGAGGCGAAAAAGGCCCGAAAGGAGGCCAACGCCGUCCACCCGCACGAUGAGGAAGUGCGACUUUCACAGGAACUCACCACGCAGUGUGAUGCGGUGAUGCAGCGGGUGCAUGCGCUCCUCGACCGCUCGCAGCAGCAGGAGGAGCGCAUCAACCGCGCACUGCACGAGAGCCUGGAGGUGUCACCGCUGCGCCAGUCGAGCACGUCCCCGCGCAAGGCAGCCG